CCCGGUCGGAACAGCUGGGCCUCUCUGGGUCGGCGGAGCACAGCAGCAGGUUUCCCGAGGCGGCGCUUUGAAAAGGCGGCAAGGAGAGCCCGGGGCCGAGCCGACGUCAGCGCCGGAGCGGAGCAGGACUAGAGGGAGGAACCAGCAGCCUGGGAGGCGCGGGAUACCCGCUGGAAGGCCGCGGAGCCCCCCCUCCCCCAUAGCGCGGGCCGGGGCCCAACACGACUACGUGGGGCCCUCUUGGGGAGGAGGAGGCCCUUUCUCCCCUUCCUCUGCCGCUCACUUUCCGUCUCGUGAGAGCGGGCCAGCCUCGGAGGUGGCGGCGGGAGGUUUGUCACAGGAGGUGAAGCGACAGGAGACGAAGAGCCCGGGGGGCCUCAGCGGGGACAGGUUCUGACGUGCAGGUGGGCGUCCUAGGCGGCCCUGAAAGAAAAGCCUCCCUUUCUGGCGGCGAGUUCCUGUGCUCCACCAGCAACAUUUCCGCUACUGGAUCAGGCUCGCGAUAGAGGCAGACGCAGACUCCCAAACGGCUUUUGACCAUUCUUCUGCAGAGUCUCAAAGGUGUCCUUAGCAAAAUACAGUUACUGGUGAAAAAUGUGUGGCCGCACUGCAGUUUCUCUGGGAGCUGAUCGUAUCCGCCGUGCCUGCGUAUAUCGUGAUAAUGAAGGGAGAAGAAGACAUCCUGAAUGGAAAAAUGCUGACAGAUAUAGCCCAUCUUACAAUAAGAGUCCACAGUCUAACAGCCCUGUGCUUCUAUCUCGAAAGCACUUUGAGAAGGAUGUCAGUUCUUCUGAGCGCAUCCUUGUGGCUAUGCGUUGGGGGCUGAUUCCAUCCUGGUUCAAGGAAGAUGACCCUUCUAAAAUGCAGUAUAACACUUCCAAUUGUCGGAGUGAUUCCAUGAUGGAGAAACUUUCCUACAAGGGACCUCUUCUAAAAGGCCAGCGCUGUGUGGUGCUGGCUGAUGGCUACUACGAAUGGCAGCAGCAGAAUGGACAGAAACAACCCUAUUUCAUUUACUUCCCUCAGCCUCCAGAAGAAAUGUUCAGCAAACCAGAUGUGAAGGAUGAUGAUACAGAGUCAGAGAGCAGGAGGUUACUCACCAUGGCUGGUAUUUUUGAUUGCUGGAAACCCCUUUAUGGAGGAGAAGCAUUAUACAGCUACACCAUCAUCACAGUAGAUGCAGCUAAAGGUGUAAGCUCCAUCCAUCACAGGAUGCCAGCUAUCCUUGAUGGGGAUGAAGCUAUUAGAAAAUGGCUGGACUUUGCAGAAGUACCCACACAAGAAGCACUUAAACUCAUCCACCCCACAGAAAACCUUGCCUUCCACCCAGUAUCAACCAUUGUGAACAACUCUCGAAACAAUACGCCUGAAUGUAUUAAUCCCAUCGAACUGGAUCUUAAGAAGGAUGUUAAAGUUAGUGCAAGCAGCAAAAUGAUGUUGAACUGGUUAAAAAACAAAUCUCCCAAGAAAGAAGAUGAUGGUGAUAAUGAUGGCUUACCAAGAUGGUCCAGUCAGUUCAUCCAAGCAGGACCACCUAAGAGAACAAGUAAAAGCUUAAUGGACCAAUGGCUCAAGAAGGAAGAUGGGGAGCCUUCUGCAAAGCAAUCCAGAAAGCAGUGACUUGUUCACCCUUUCCCUGCAUUGUUAAACAGAUUGACAGGUUCAGUGGUUUAGACACAUUCUUACUGCACUUUGUAUAUAAAUUUGGAAAUUUCUAUUGAUAAAUAUUGAUAGAAAUUUGAGGUGUGAUUUUUCAAAUGUUCUGCAUAUUCAUGGGGCCUUGACAUUUAACAAGUGGGCCUUGACAUUUAACAUUUUGUUUCUUGUAUCUGGUACAAACCGGUGGUGAGUGGAUUUUAUUUGCUGCAUCCCCUUUGGCUGGUUUAUCAGUGUCGAGGUAGCAACUGUGGUCCAAAUAUAGAAGUACUAAAACACUUAAAUUCAGUCUGUUUUAAGAGAGAUGCAACUACAAAACAUAUUUCUGGCACUCUUUUUCACCCAGUUCAUUUUUGGAUUUGUUUCUUUUUGUACAGAAAAUGGAUGGUGAUUGAGAUCUUCAGCUGCAAUAAGGAAAUGGCUAUGUUAAUGUGUUCUUAAACCAGUACAAAUACAGUAGCUUAUAGUUUUGUUUUCA